AUGGUCAAGCACCUUUACAUCCUCGCAGCUGCGACUCUCGCACUCGCCGACCCAACCGUCUACCUUAUUCGCCACGGCGAAAAGCCCGACGACGGCGACGGACUGAAUGCACAAGGCGAGCAGCGCGCACAGUGUCUGCGGAAUGUAUUCGGGGCCAGCUCUUCCUACAACAUUGGGCAUAUCAUGGCACAGACGCCGAAAAGCGGUACAACCAUCCAACAUUGGGAUUCGUCUGAUUUGCUUUGCUUCGAGCUCAUGCUAAUUAGAACAGAUGGAGGCCGCCAACGUCCCCUCGACACCGUCGAGCCGCUCGCCUCGGACCUCGGGUUGACUGUUGACACUUCCUGCGACCGGGAUGAUUCCAAGUGUGUCGAAGAUGUUGUGAAAGAUUACGAUGGCUCUGGUAAUAUUUUGAUCUGCUGGGAGCAUGAUGCGUUGACGGAUAUUAUUAAGAAGUUGGGGGAUGAUGAUGCGCCGGAUUAUCCUGAUGAUAGCUUCAACAUCAUCUGGACUGAUCCCUCUCCUUAUGAUUCCAUCACCUCGGAGACGAGCGAAGACUGCCCGGGCCUGGACAGCUAA